CCUCUCCUUCGGGUAAGGAUCCGUGCAGCUCUUCUUGUGCCAAUGACUGAAAGAGUAAGUGGUACUGCACUACCCAGUCAACAUGUUAGUAUACGCAUUGCAAAAGGGCUAGCACCGGAAAUUGGGUUUGCGUCUUUGUUUUUCCUCUUUGUUUUUCUGAUUCGUCUUGCAUUGAAUUGCUUAAAUUGCCAGAACCAAUAGUUCUUUGAUUUUCCUACUGAUAUCAGACCUGUCAGUUUGAUAAAGUCCAGAUGCCGGCUCCCUGCUCGUUUCCCUGCAUGGAUCGUUCGAUGUCAGUCAAUGCGCAACAGGCAAUGAUUGCCAGCCGAUUCUCUAAUAAAUGCGAGCCCAUGGACCAAAAAUCCUACAGCCGCGCCGGCUACCGAGCACUCGGUCACGCUCCUAGCUGUGCCCUUUGGUCUCUCCCUCGCCCUCUCUCCCUCUUAUCCCCGGAAAAGCUGCGCCUUCAAGGGGGACAUGUGGCCGAAGGGCGAGGACGUGCGUUUGGGAAUCGCCCAAUUCAGAGCCCUGCUGCUACGUCCACCAGCCAGGUACUACAAUGCUGGCCGAUAUGUCUAAAAACGAGCCUAUUCCCCAUCGCCCCAAGUGGGACGGCGCGGCUAGGUAGCUGCUGGAUCCAUCUCGCGGCAUUUUGGGACCCAUUUUGAAGUCCUCGUCCAUGGAAAUGGAGCUGGUACUUGCUUGGGGCCUGUCAGGUACUUG